CUUGAAGUUCACUAAUAACUUGCUUUUCAGCUUCCUUUAAUUUUCUCUCCUUUUCAAUUAAGUUUCACGUACUUUUUUGUUUUUGUUUUCCUUUUCUUUCCUUCCUUUUCUCUGUUGCUGAGGCCACGAGAAAAGGAAGAAAGAACAGAUCUUUACCAGCUUGUUCACUGCUCCAAAUCCCAGAGUUUAGUGUCUCUUUUGUUUUUCCAAUUGGGUUUCUAUUUCCAGCCUUUUAUUUGUGUUUCCUCUAUUCUUCUGAGUUCCUUUCUAGUCUCCUCAGCUUCUUUUCCUGUCGCAAUUGGGAUAUCAAGUGGUUGCUGCUGGAGAUUCAAAUGUUAGUUUCCUCUAAAGCUCAUUGCUUUUUUUUUUUGGAAAUCUUCCCUAGAAGCCCUACUCCCUUAGAAUUCUGAGCAUUUCAGGUCCAUUUUCUUGAAUUUUUUUUCCUGGGUGUUUGCUUUUUGAUUCUGUUUCUGUGUUUGUUUUUAUUGGAUAUCCACUGGGGUCAGAUCUCAGAGGUGGUUUCAGGUUCUAGGUUUCCAUUAUGGAGCUGCUAAAUUAUUUUCCUUUUUAAUUUAUUCUGUGAAAUUUUGUUUGUUUUUCAAAAAGGUGGGUCUUUUUUGUAGAUUCCUCAGGGGUAAAUGCCUAUGCGCAAAAAGGUAUUCUGAUUCCUUUCAAAAUGCUUAUUGAUUUAACACUGAUAUUACUGCUUUGAAACCUCCACCACUCUGCAUUUUCCUCUAAUGGGUCCUUCCCCUAUCUCCCUGCCUUUCUUCCUCUGUUCAACAAAAUCGAAAUCCUGCGCCAAAUCUUAAAUUCGCUUUCUCAUAAAGUACGGAAAGAGCAAUCCCAGAACAGUAAAUUCGUUCAUAUUUUUCGUCGUACGCUACUGAUAAUUCGCAUGGUAGUUCAAGACGAUGAAGUGGGAAACGGAAAUUAUCUCCCCUGCAUCGUAUAUUCCAAACGCGAAUUGGUUCCUGGAAGAGAGCAAGAGCGCGAAAUGGACUCCGGCCGAGAACAAGAUGUUCGAAAACGCGCUGGCGGUGUACGACAAGGAAUCACCGGACAGAUGGCAGAAAGUGGCGGCGAUGAUUCCGGGAAAGACUGUUAACGAUGUGAUGAGGCAGUACAAGGAAUUGGAAGUUGAUGUUGGCAAAAUAGAGGCUGGGCUGGUACCGGUUCCUGGAUAUUCCACCUCGCCAUUCACCUUGGAUUGGGCGAACAGCCAUGGCUAUGACGGGUUUAGACAAUCCUACGGCAUCGGCGGAAAGAGAUCAUCUUCAACUCGACCUGCGGAGCAGGAGAGAAAGAAAGGAGUUCCAUGGACAGAGGAGGAACACAAAUUGUUUCUGGUGGGGCUGAAGAAGCACGGGAAAGGGGACUGGAGAAAUAUCUCUCGCAACUUCGUUAUCACCAGGACACCAACUCAAGUGGCAAGCCAUGCUCAGAAGUACUUUCUCAGGCAGCAGCUUUCCGGAGGGAAAGAUAAGCGGAGAGCUAGCAUCCAUGACAUAACUACCGUCAAUCUCGCUGACAUGAAAAUGCCUUCACCGGAAGAUAAAGCACCCUCCUCACCGGAGCACUCCUCAGUGCUUCAGCAACAGCAGCAAAGAAAUUCCACAGCCACGGCUAGAACACCACCUUUUCAUUGGAAUCAGCCAAAUGGAGGAGGAGCAACCAUGUCUUUUAGCCCAACGCAGGAAAAUUUGUUCAUGGCCUCUCCUUAUGGGAUUGUUGGCUCUAAUUAUGGGCACAAAAUGCAAGGCCAAAAUCUGCCCAGAGGCGUUUCUCAUGAAUCUUACACAGGACAAGCUCAAAAUAUGGUUUUCCAAAUGCACUACCCCCGUGGAUGAUAUGCCAGUUUUUUUUUUUUUUUGUAUUUCAAUGACUUGACUCGCCAUAUAUCUUUGUUCUGUUCGCUAGUUACCUGUGUUUGUUCUUCUUCCUGGUUCUAUGUGAAUAUGUUAUUCAGAACUUGGGGUUUAGUCCAUAUAUGGUACAUGAACUUAAAGUGGA